UGCCAUAAAAGGGUUCACAGUUCGUUGCUACGAUUAAUCCGGAAGUUAGUUAUAAGGCUUACUAUGCUGCACGGCAGCCGUUGUAGAAAUUUGGCGGUAAUUGGGAACGUUACUCCCAAGGCAUCUGUUGUUACUGUUUUACUACAAUGACACCUUGACUAGUAAAGGAAGGCACUUACGAGGCAUCCUGCGGCGUGUAACUUUACGUACCUCGACAUCUUCGAACUUGUUCAAAUGGCUGUCGCGUCACCACCGAAGGCAAUGCUUAGCGAAGAAGAGGCAGAGAAGCGUAGAAAGAUUGCAGACAUUCAAAAAGAUACAACGCUCACUGAUGCUGAGAAAGCCAGGCGCAUACAGGAGCUGCACACGGCCCGAUGGACGGUCCAAGCGGCAACUGCUGAGGAAGAUCCCUUCAAGGAGUUGCCACCGGAAGAAAAGGACCGAAUCACAUGCCAUUUGUGCUGUGACACGCUAGAGAAGCCAGUCACGCUGCCCUGCCAGCACAACUUGUGCCUGGGGUGCCUAAAGAACCUCCGCAAGUUGGACGCCAAACAUCGCAACUGCCCCUUUUGCCGCAAGGACAUCCCGACCUCCUUCAUCGACAAUGCCCGCAUCAACAUGUCCAUGGUGGGCUACAUCCGCUCGCUCAAGGCUCGCUGCGCAGGCAGCAGCACCCGCCGGGUUGAGGUGGCGCGCAUGCACCGGGAAGAGGAGGAAGACGACAGGCCGGAGGAGGCGUACGUCACGGAGCGGGCCAAGAAGACCGGCAUGGCCAACGCCUGCAGCGGCAAGCUCAAGAUGACCUGCCCGCCCGACCACUUUGGACCCAUUGGACCCGAGUUCGACCCCAAGGGGAACCGGGGUGUGGUUGUGGGCGACAUGUUCCCCAACCGCAUGGCGUGCAGGAUGUGGAACGUGCACCUGCCGCACGUGGCGGGUAUUGCAGGACAGGGCUCCCGGGGCGCCCAGUCCGUGGUGCUGUCGGGCGGUUACACGGACGACGUGGAUGAGGGGGAGUACUUUUUGUACACGGGCAGUGGGGGCAAGGACCUCAGCGGCAACAAGCGCAACGGAGAGCACAGCAAGGACCAGGAAUUUACCCGGUACAACCUGGCGCUCAAGGUGUCGUGCGAGAAGGGGCUGCCGGUGCGCGUCGUCCGCAGCAGCAAGGAGAAACGCAGCGCCUAUGCACCCAAGGCGGAUGCGAAGGAGGCGGAUGAGGUGAAGGACAGCGAUGAGCAGCAGGACUCUGAAGAGGAGGAGGAGGUGGAGAUUGAGCAGGAGGAGGAGGACGAGGAGGAAGACGAGGAGGAGGAGGAGGAGGCGAGUGGGAGCAAGGGCAAGGACAAGGAGAAGGGGAAGGGGAAGCUGAGUGAGGACAAGGCGGUUGCGCUCGCCAAGACGUACAACCCGGUGCGGUACGACGGUAUCUACCGCAUCCUGGCUUGCUGGCGCUGCCCGGGGGAGAAGAAGUUCCUGGUCUGCAGGUACCUAUUUGAGCGGUGCGACAACGCCCCUGCUCCCUGGUCGGCUGGCGACGAGGGAGACGAGCCGCGCGGGUUCCCCGAAUUCGCCAAGAAGGAGGUUGCCCAGGCGGAGGAGCUGGGGGAGGUGGUGACGCGCAUGGGCGACAAACCCUACUGGGACUACGACCCGGUCAGCAAGCAGUGGGGCUGGACGCGGCCGCUGCCGGCGGGUCGCGCCGCCAAGCCCGCCAAGCAGCCCCGCACUCCCGCGCAGCUGCUGGAGCAAGCCGAGAAGGAGGUGAAGCGGCUCGAAAAGGAGGUCACGAAGAACUACGGCUGCCUGCUGUGCCACACAGUCACUGAGCGGCCCGUGCUGACACCGGUCUGCCAGCACCGCUUCUGCCUGGAGUGCCUCAAGAGCAAGGUGGAGAGCCCGGCUGGCAAGCCCCGCCUCAACGCGCGCCCCUCCCGCUCCUGCACCUCCCACAAGUACUGCCCCGCGCCCCGCUGCAACAAGGACCUCAAGGACUUCAUGAGCGUGGCGCAGGUCAACCACGACAUGGCCGGCCAGGCGAGGGAAAAGCUGGCGGAGUUGCGCGCCAAGCGGGCGGAGGUGGAGGCACUCAGACGGCAGAUCAGCGGCGAGGCCGAGCCCGCGGAGGGGGUGGAGGCGGAGGCAAUGGAGGUGGCGGAGCCCGCAGCAGCUGAGCCACCGGCUGCUGCUGCUGCUGCUGCGCCCUCGGAGGGCGGGGAACCGCCGUCGCAGCCGGGUCAGGCACAUGAGGCCGGUGUUGUGGCGCAGGUGGAGGCAGACACGGCGGCCGGGAAGGAGGCGGCGGUGGGUCCGGGUGCCCCGGCGACUGCAGCGGCGGAGGGUGCGGGUCGCUGGGCGUCUGAGGCGGCCGCUCUCGCGCUGCAGCUCCCGGAGUUUGACGCCGCGCUGAUCCAGGGGCUGUUGGAGGACCAAGGGGGCGAUGUGGAGGAGGUGCGGGCGGCGCUAAAGCGCAUGAAGCGCAAUGAGCAACGGGCCAACACGUCGCCACGGAAGCAGGGCGGCCGCGCAGCCGGCAAGCGGGGCGCCGCCAAGCGCGGUCGUGGGCGUGGGGCGGCGACCAAGCCGGCCGCGGCGGCUGAGGAGGGAGAUGCCGACGUGGACGGCGAGGAAGAGGAGGAGGUGAAGGAGGCUGUGGUGGAGAAGGAGGAUGACAAGGUUCCGAGGAAGACGACAAAGGGCAAGGGAGCUGUGACGAAGCGGCAAAAGCUCGCGGCUUGAGCACGCAUCUACUUGUAUGUGAUGUCAGGGUACACGGGGAAGUGCCUGCAUGCUGAUGCCCCGUGUGCCCUGAUUGGCAGUAGUGAGCAGAUCGUGACCAGGCUGUAGCGCAGCUGUAGUUCUUCCGUGAUGGCAAUUAACCGGUUGCUAUGUUUGUGAAUGACUUGCACCGAUUGCGCUUGUAACUUUUUAAGGCUGUUGCUGUUGUGACAGGGCCGGAUUCAGGGAGUAUGGAGGGCUGCAGAGUAUUAGAGUGACCGCGUGUUCAGCGAUUUACCACCGUGUGUGCAUUAUACGCGUCCCGUUUCGCCAAUAGGCGACAGGCAAAGGCAGACGAGGUUGCCCGGCUUCAAGGGGUUUUAGGGUUUUACAUGCUCUACUACGCAUUGACCCCCGUUAUGGCACUGUUCUGCUCAUACUUGCAAGAGGUUCCAGCAAAUUGUUUAGCACGUGACCCGACGCUAAAGAUGUUCAGUAGCAUUCUUGAUAUCUGAUAUGGGCAUGUGGCAAAAGUGUGUUGGCAGAUUCGAGGCGUCAGGUGCUCGCCCUGUACCUAAGGCGCCUAGGCGCAUAAGACAUUGCUGCCACUUCGAACUACACUGUCCGAAGGGGCUGCCAGAAAUGUUUAACUUGUUACAAGGCGGUCAACAGGCGAGAGAGUCCUGAAGAGUAAGCGUACAUGACUGUAUACCCUCGAGACACGGCAGCAUUUCUGCUUUCAGCACAAAGCUCGCGGCUUGAGCACGCAUCUACUUGUAUGUGAUGUCAGGGUACACGGGGAAGUGCCUGCAUGCUGAUGCCCCGUGUGCCCUGAUUGGCAGUAGUGAGCAGAUCGUGACCAGGCUGUAGCGCAGCUGUAGUUCUUCCGUGAUGGCAAUUAACCGGUUGCUAUGUUUGUGAAUGACUUGCACCGAUUGCGCUUGUAACUUUUUAAGGCUGUUGCUGUUGUGACAGGGCCGGAUUCAGGGAGUAUGGAGGGCUGCAGAGUAUUAGAGUGACCGCGUGUUCAGCGAUUUACCACCGUGUGUGCAUUAUACGCGUCCCGUUUCGCCAAUAGGCGACAGGCAAAGGCAGACGAGGUUGCCCGGCUUCAAGGGGUUUUAGGGUUUUACAUGCUCUACUACGCAUUGACCCCCGUUAUGGCACUGUUCUGCUCAUACUUGCAAGAGGUUCCAGCAAAUUGUUUAGCACGUGACCCGACGCUAAAGAUGUUCAGUAGCAUUCUUGAUAUCUGAUAUGGGCAUGUGGCAAAAGUGUGUUGGCAGAUUCGAGGCGUCAGGUGCUCGCCCUGUACCUAAGGCGCCUAGGCGCAUAAGACAUUGCUGCCACUUCGAACUACACUGUCCGAAGGGGCUGCCAGAAAUGUUUAACUUGUUACAAGGCGGUCAACAGGCGAGAGAGUCCUGAAGAGUAAGCGUACAUGACUGUAUACCCUCGAGACACGGCAGCAUUUCUGCUUUCAGCACAAACAGUA